CCUUUUCCUCUUGGAAUGGAAGGUUUUUGCAAAAAAAAAAUAACAGACGAAACGUUUUGCAACAGAUUCGGCAUAAUGAUUACACCUCAGUAGAAUUCCUAAUCUCGUUAUUGAGGUGAUUUGUCUACGUGAGCUUCCGUACUGUUCAUUCAGCUGAGAGCUGCAAAGAGCGAGUGGAUGGGGGGUUUGUGCCAUCUGGAAUUUCUAUCCAUUUCAUUCUUGUUGUAUGGACAUCUAUGCAAUAGUGUACUGUUUGUCUACAUUAUUUCGAAUGCGCAUUUAUUGUGUAUGUGUCUUUUGCUGAUUGGCAAGCAUUCAUUAAACAGCGACACUGCACCAACCUUUUCUGGCUAGCUAAAUUUGCUAACAGUAGCUAGCUAACUAACGUUAGCAAGCUGUGUGCAUACCAUAGCAGGCAGCAAUAUUAUAAUGCAACACAUUAAUUUAGCAGAAAUAUGCUAUGCUAAAAAUGAUUUGAUUAGGCUCGGUUAGUCAAUGCACGGCUUGGCACACGUCCCCAGGAAUCCUACCGCUAGCUGAUUAACUGGCUGGUAAAAACAGCAGCGAGCCGACGGCCACCACCACAACAUGAGUCAGAUUAACGUUAGAUGUCGGACUCUUUGAAUGCUCUCUCUGCUGCUACUCCUCAUCAUUCAUUUCAGUGGAGAAUCUCUACUAUGACAAUUGAUAUAUUUAGUUACUUAGGCUGUGUUGAUUGAUGGUUACAGAUUGUCAGCAGCCAUUAUUAACACAGAUAUCGGAUAGCUUUGGAAAGCUUUGAAACCCAUGUUGAUCAUCAGAAUCAUCCAUUAAUCUGUCUGUCUUGUUCAUCAGGAGGCAGAAAAUGGAAACCGUGGAAAAAUGGAACAAAUGCCUAAUAUCACCUAAAUUGUUGGAUAGAAAAGUAUUUCCCAAACAAAAUGGCAAGACAGGCAUGAUUGUGAAGCAUCUUCACAACACAUUCAGACUUCAACAUAGUUUACAGAUACAGUCCAUCAGUCGCUCAGAAUGUGCCACUGGCUCCUGUCCAAAUUUGAUGAUGAGUAGGAAUGAGCACCACGAGCCUCGGCCUGUCCCUGUUGCCCUCACCCCCCAGCUUGUCCCAAGGGCCCACCGGCCCCUCUGCCUCUCCGUCUCCUCAGAUAGCAAUGGCCGCUUCAAAGCUCUGGAGACCCAAGAGUGGAAGAACAAUCUCAAAGCCCAGAUGGAGCAGGCCCACAGUGCAGGAGCAGCCAGCAGCACAGGCUCCCUGGAGAGGGCCUCAUUGUUUUGUGCCUCUGGUUCCACCACAGCCUCCAGCUCUGGCCUAUCCAGCCCUGUGGAGAACCUCACCAAGAGCAAGUCCUCCAGCCGCUUCUCCCUAUUUUCCCCUCCCUGGAACAGUAGCUCAGAGUCCGACUCCAACCCCCCCUCCCGCUCCGGCUCCAAGAAGCUGCGUAACUACAGCAUGAGAGCUGCCACAGGUCCGGCCGGGGUGGGGUCAGUGGGCAGGGCGGGUCCACCAGACACCCCAGACACGCCCAAACAGAACGUCCCGGAACACUUCCAGUACUCUGAGCCUGUCAUCUCCAAGGUGACGGACUACAUCUUCGUGGGCAACCUGAACGCAGCGUACAACGGGCGCACGCUGUGUCGCAACAAUAUUGACAGCAUCAUCGACAUGAGCAGCAUGCCAGGGGACUCCGGCCCAAGUCUCAGCCUUAUCCCCUGCACCUGCUCCCGAGGAGCCCGCCACAGCUGGUCCCGCCUCAAGGUGGACAUCUGUGAUGUCCCAGACGCACUGGGCGAGGGAAGCCCCGCCCUGAAGCAGCACUGCUUCGAGGACAUCAACGAGUGCAUCGAGGCUUCCACAGAAAAAAGGAAACGAGUGCUGGUCCACUGCCGUGACGGGUACUCCCUGGCUCCGACCUGUAUCAUCCAGUACCUCAUGGUGAAGCAGAAUAUGCGGCUGAUCUCGGCUUAUGAGCUGCUGAGGGCCAAGUACCCCGUUAACAUCAGGGAGUGUCACCAGAAUGUGCUGGUGAGCCUGGAGAGAGCUCUGCGGCCUGGAGGCAACGUGGACCCAGAGUGCUUCAAGCAGGCUAUCUCAAGGAAAGUGGCCUGGACCUGACCUGGCUCCUCCCCUUCCACUCCCCAUUCCCUGUAGUUUGGCCCUCUUUAUUUUUCUAAUCUAACCCGUGGCAUUCAAUGGAUAUUUUUCUAUGGACAAUUUUUGAAAGGCAGCUUUACUUUCUGUCAUAGUCAACUGGAUAUGGAGAUGUUGCCACUAACAGUGAGCUUCAAAAGUAUUGGGACAGUGACACAUUUUUUAAUGUUUUGGCUCUGUACUUCAGCCCUUUGGAUUUGAAAUGAUACGAUGACUGAGGUUAAAGUACAGACUGUCAGCUUUAAUUUGAGGGUAUUUUCAUCCAUAUCUGGUGAACCAUUGUAGAAGUGUUUAGAAACCAUAUUCUAUUCUUAUUUACAAUAAAAGUGACUCCAAAAUCACACUACACAUUAUUUACCAUUAAUUUCUAUUGAGCACAAAAUAAUUUGAAACACCACCAAAGCAAAUGCCUCUAACAAGUUUGUAGAGUCUCACAAGCUUGAUGUAAUCUUUGCGUGCUAGGAAUAUGGGACCAAAUACUACACUUUUGACCAGUUUAAUACAAAUAUAAGUGAAUUUGUCCCAAUACUUUUAGUACAGCACUUUUUGCACAUACCUUCUUAACGGUUCACCGGAUAUGGAUGAAAAUACCCUCAAAUUCUGUCUGCACUUUAACCUCAGUCAUCGUAUCAUUUCAAAUCCAAAGUGCUGAAGUACAGAGCCAAAACGACAACAAAUGUCAGUCCCAAUACUUUUGAAACUCAAUGUACUUGUGACGCAUCAAAAUGCUUGUGAAAAUGUAAAUGCAAGUUGAUGUAUUUGUCCUCUUCUGAGCCCGUGAAUUUGACUUUGAUGUUUCUCCAUAAGCGAUUAGAUGUUUUACUCUUUACAUCUGCUAGAUAUGGAAAAUGUUUCAUUCUAGACGGUGACUUCAGGCUGAAUAAGCCCUGUGCUACCUUGGUUUUAUUGUGGUUGUGUUUUUAUUUCAGGGGAAUUUGAAUGGGAGUUCUCAGGAGAACUAAUGAUGAUGUCAUUCCAAUAUAGCUGCAAACACUGCUGAUCUAAUCUGAAAGCUCUGUGUGAAUAAUGGAGGAUGUCACUGCUCUCUUGGAUCUACAUCGGCCAACCACAGGAGCAGAUCAUUACUGUACUUUAUCAGCGACAUGCAGGGUACUUUGCACAUGGAUGCCGAUUUGUUGUUGUUGUAAAUCCCUCCCUCACACCUCAAUUGGUCUGUGACCCUCCUGCCACAGACAGACAUAACAAUGUGGUAGCCUCCUCAAGACAUUUUCCAUUAUGGUUCAGAAGACCAGGUGGAAGACAAUGAUUUAUCAUAGAUCAUCCUCUAUGAGGAAAACUACCUUACAUGACGUUCCCUAUCACUUUAACUCACCGUUGGUAACAUUUGCUGUGCUACUUCUUGGAAACUGUGGCUUUGUAAUUUCAGCUGUUGUGUAUGCAAUGAAAAUGGAUGGUCAGUAUCUAUCUCUCUGGAAUGUCAGUAUUAGUAUAUUAUAAAUCAGACUGAAUGGUGAUUCAGUGUUGUACUGCGGGAAAUUCUAUUGCACUACCUAAAAAGGUUCUCCAGAAAUGCACAGUUUGAUGGGUAUUAGUAAGCUGACAUGAAUUUCAACACCAGUUAACUUUUUUAUUGUCAUUGUUCUGUGGUAUGGAAAUGUAUUUUUAAAAUUAUUGUUUUGAAGACUUUGUGCUCUAGUGUUCGAUUCAGUUAAUUUGGUCCCAAUACUUUUCCCUUAAAGGGACAGUUUGUUCAAAAGUAAUAUUUCAAUUAUUUGACUUAUCUUGGAAGUAGUCAUAGACCAGUAGUGACUACGUCUAGGAUUAGGGGUUCAUUAUUUUGCUUCAGCCACAACAGGCUAAAUGUUAACAUUCUCUACCUCAACACAAGGGUUGAAUGUUGCCCACCUUUAGAACUGUCUGAAUUGCAAAAUCAACUCAAAUUAACAUAACAUUGGAAAGCAAAACUUCAUCUCCAGGGAGUUGUGUAGAGGCUCAUAUGAUUUAGAAAAUAGUUACAUUUCUGUAAAAAAAAAAAAAAAAGAUGGCUUGCUACAGUAAUUUAUCAUAUUCAUAAAAUGCCACUGAUCCAAUGUUAUUGUAGUAUGAUUAUGAUCAUUAACCACUUUUAUCUGACAGAUUUAAUAUUAGAAAUGCUUAUUUUUGUCAGCAGUGGUUGUAGUACAUGUUUGUUGUUCUGUGACCAGUAUGGGUGGAAUGGAAGCUUCAGUACAUGAGUAUGGUGCCUUUGCUUGAAUUUGUCUUGUGCGACUGUACAGUGACACUUGCACACUUUGUAUGCAGUUGUUGGGCAUUGAUAAACAUUUUUCUACUUUAAAAUGUUGCCUAUUGAUGCUGUCAAUGUUUUUAAUUGGAAUACAUGACGUAAGGAUCUUAUGAAAGAAUACAGUUAUGUGAAUUGGUUAUUGCUGUAACAUGUUUUGGUGGUCAGUGAGUGCACAGUCUUAUGUACUAUGCGAAAUGUGGCUGUGACCAUUCAUCAAUGAUGUGAUCAGGGUUACAGAAUGACCCUAACUUUCCCAAAAUUCCAAGGUGUUCCAGAAAUCCUUUUUGGAGGAUUCAGGAUUUUCUGUGUAUUUCUACCUGAUUCCUGGAAUCUAUCAACUGGGAUUUCUGGAAAACCUGGGAAUUUUUAAACUCUAGAUGUGAUGAUUCAACAUUUUGUGCACUUCUGCACCCCAUACAAUUUAGGCCAUAGACGGAUGUUUUAACAUUUUCAUGGUGAAUAUACUAUAUUUAAAAAAUAAACGGUUAUAGAAGGUUUAUUUGACCCUUGUGAUGGUGUCUUUGGGUCGUCUCUCAACUUUGGUUUGGUUUUAAAACUUGUUCUCAGGUGAACUGUAUAAUGGCCCAGAAUGUUUUGACUGAACUGUAUAUGAAACCAGAAUGUGUGAAGCUACGCAUUUCCUGUCGAGUUUUUGGUAGGUGUACAUAUUAAAAAAAGACGUUACAUCAUUGCCAUA